UAAAUAUUAACUUGCAUGUGGAUAAGUGGAUUGCAUUCGAUUCAUCUUCAAAAUGGCCACGAAACUGUAUGUAGCUAAUUUACCGCCGAAUUGCACCGAAUCUACCUUACAUGGUCUGUUUUCAGCAUUUGGAUUAGUUACAGAACUUGACAUCAUAAAAAAUUAUGCCUUUGUGCACAUGGCAGCAAGCGAAGGAGCGCAGAAGGCGGUGGCAGAGUAUAACAACAUGAACUUGAAUGGGAACGUCAUCACUGUGCAGUUUUCGAAAAUUCAAAAUGUGAACCGAGGAAAUAAAUUUACUGUGAAGUAUGAUCGACCAGAUCGCCUUGGCAGGGGUGUAGGUGGUAACUUUAAUCGAGGGGGAUUUCGCGGGGGAGGCAGAGGUGGGAUGCCUGGAGACAUUGGACAUGGACCAGAUUUUAGGGGUCGUGGGGGAUUUCGUGGAGGCAGAGGUGGUGGUGAUCAUCUUCAUAGAGGGAAGCCAUAUGACAGGAAUCCAGGCCUUAGUCAUGGUCAGAUGGGUAUGGGUAGUAACAGUAACAAUUUGCAGCCCAUUCGCCCUGUAGGAUCAGAUGUAGGAGUGGCACAAAAUUCAAAUCCUCCAGCAAAAUUUAUUCCACCACAGCAGCAAAUACCAACACAACAACUACAGCGAGUGCCUGUGCUGCCAACAAUGCAGCAGACAAUGCAUGUUCAGCACAUGCAUCAUGUGCCAGUGGCAGCAGUUUCCCCACAAGUGCCACAGAAUCAUGUUGCAAAUACCAACCAGCAAAUGCUGCACCAUGCCGGGUUCCAGCCAGUACAGACCUUUGGUGAAAUGCAGCCUCAUGCACAAGCAAUGGCUCCUCAAAUGCAUGGAGCAAUGCAACAGCAACUUGUGACAGCAGUUGGCCAGCCAGUUUCAAAUGUCCAGCCAGUUAUGCAUAGCAAUGUGCAGCCUGCUGGAAUUGCUCCCCAACAGGGUUAUACUGUUUAUGAGAGGUAUGUUGACUACAGGAAUCCCCAGACUGGUGAAAUCACUGGUGUAGUAUCAAGUCAUCAAGUGCCACACGCAGGCCAGCCAGUGGGACAAAUUUACCAAACUGCUGCACAAUCAGUUAACAAAGACCCUUACGCCAAUGCACAAAUGAUGUAUGAAAGACAAGCUGGUGCCACUUCAAGAGCUGCUGUGUAUGCAAAUGCCUAUUACGGUAGCAGUCCGGCUACAACAAUGGUUUCUGGUGCAAAUGCAGUACAUCAGAUGCAGGUUGUAGCCCCUGGCAACAUUAUGCAACCAGUUCAGCUACAUUAUCAGUGAUGCUAUUAUUGCUUGGGGAUUUUCUCCUAUCUGAAAUCUUGCAUCUAAAAAUAAGGACAAAGGUAAUUUUUCACUUUUUACUCUGAAAAAUAUGCUUUGGAUACCAUGACAUCUUUUCUUCUAAGCUUUAAUAGUCACCCUUGAUUAUAUAUAGAAUUAUCGGUAGUUCAAAAAAAUGAAACUAUUCAGACAUUUUGUAACUACUUAGUCAACAACCUGUAGUUGCAUUUCUUUUUGUAAAAAUAUCUUCUUAUUUACUAGCCUUUAACUAUUUAUCCAUUGCUAGAACAUUUCAAGUACAAAUUCAGGACCUUAUCAGUAUGCCCCUAGCCAAAAUCAGUGCAACAAGGCAUACACAUACUGUAACUAAUUAAUGUAGCAGCACUGAACUGACAGGUGAAAUAUUCGAUAUUAUGUUAUACUCAAGAUUUUGCACUACAUGUUGUGUUAAUUUUCCAAAAGAAAUUUCACAUUGUAAAAUUACUAAUUCCUUGGUUGCUAUUGUGAUUUAUGGCUCCAGAGCUUUCUGUUCCUUCAAGUAGUAAGUUGGGCCCCUCCCUCUGGUUUGAGGGACUCUUUAGUUUCAUUUGCCUGCAUAGAAAUACUAAGCUUUUCUGUAGGAUUGCCAUUUUUGUGGAGGUCUUCUCGUAGAAGCUUCAUAAAAGUUGCAAUCGGUACUCGUUUAACACGCCUGAUGCUGGACUGGACAGAUUGUAGAAACAAAAUGCUGCAGACUUUAAGCAUGCUAUAUAAUUGUUUAUGUAGAUAAAUAUCAUAGAGAUGCUCGUUAUGAAUUUUGUUUAUCUCUUACUAUAUCUCAUUAGAAUGAUUACUUAGUAUUUACGUAUUUAUCGUCUAAUUUUUAUUUGUGAUAUCAGGAAUUUUAAAUACUUUUUUCUCUGCAUACCGUUCGUCUAGUUAAUUGAACUUGAUGCCAUGGGUCAUUGUUGAAUCUGUCACAAACGUAAUAUAGGUUUGGAUUUUACAAACCUUAUCAGCCUUUACUCGGAAAGGUGCAUUUGUUACAUACAUUUUGCGCCGAAUUUACCAUUUAUAGGAAUCUUGACCAAUAAUAACAUUAUCUUGCAUGUACUCUGUUUGACCCUCUAAGACUGAAUUAUCACGUCACAUUGAAUAGAAAUACAUAUAUAUACUGUCUGUCCAUGCGUUAUGCUUCCUUAGAGAGCUAUCAUCAGGCUGAAGAAUAUAAAAUAUAGGUAGGCAUAAAUCACUAUCGUUUUAAGAUAUUUCCAAUGGUAUCCCUAUUUGAAUCAACUAUCAUUGGAGCAGCUCUUGCUGGAGCAGCUCUUGCUGGACCAGCUUUUUGUUAGUUAAGUCUGCACUUAGGCUAGCUUUUUGUUGGAGCAGCCCUUUCUGGACCAGCUUUUUAUUGAACCAGCUCUUGCUGGACCAGAUUUUUUGGACCACCUCUUGCUGGACCACCUCUUGUUGGACCAGAUUUGUUUGACCAGCUUUCGUUGGACCAGACUUGUUGGACCAGCUCUCUCUGGGCUCAUCAGCAUCCAACUUCGAAAUCGUAACAUGUAUGCUCGUUACAUUUUCAAGUUAAUCUAAAUAUUUGUUUUUCUUGUUGUAUUUUAGAGUAAGUAAGGAUUGGUAUUAACUGCAAUUCAUGCGAUAGUAUGAUUUACAUUUAUCUUAAAUUGUGUCUCGUUAUUCAAAAGGCGACGAUUAAUUUAAUUUUUAUUUGA